UUGCGUAUUCAGGCUUUCCCUCCUUGCCUUGCAGAUGCUGUCCUUUAUGCACGCCCAAUAUACCUUUUUCCAGCAAGGCUACAGCCUCCUACAUGAACUGGACCCUUAUAUGAAGAAGUUGGCUUCAGAGCUCGACCAGUUGGUGAUUGAUUCUGCAGUGGAGAAGCGGGAAAUGGAGCACAAGCAUGCGCUGAUCCAGCAGCGGACUUUACUGCAGGUGAGCAUUUUCUAUUUCUUGCAUGCUAAUGAAGUGUAUUCCAGAUCAUCAAAACCCCCUUUCGGUCCUGGAUUGGCCCCUUUGGUUGUUUACAUUGGCAACGGGUUUCGGUCGGGCUUAUCUAGAGGAUGCAGAUGGCUUGUGAUGGGGUUAAUCUCCUCUGGUGAGGAAUGGGAAAAAAAAUAAAAUUCCCAGUGGCAUUGAGCUAAUCCCUGGAAUUAUCCAUUUUGCACCUUCUGAAGCUUCCUUAAGAAGGCACGAGGUUUGCACGUUUCCCCACCAAAGUUUCCACUUUCCCUAGGCUGAUGCUUCACAGCACUGAGUUUUCUUCCUUUCCUUAAAUGGGGUUCCUUUCCCUUUCUUUUCUCAAGGUAAUUAUUAUACCAGUGUUCUCAACCUGGGGUUCGCGACCACUUGGGGGGUCAUGAGAGGGUUUGUGAUGGUCUUAGGAACCCCGUUGGCAGAGAAGGCUGAAGAUCUCUCCACCUGUCCUUCUCUUCCUUUUGGAAACAGGAGGCAAAUAGUCCCACCAAAAACCCUUCUCCACUGUGAUUGGGUGGCCUCUCAGCCAACG